AUGAACGCUAUUACUCACAAUGUUCACUCGGAGGUUUUUGCGGAGGCUGUCUCUCUUGACGCUCCUUGUUUUCUCCCUCCUGUUUUACUCAUUCUAUCUACGCGGGGAUUGUCUCGCGCCACCUCCGGCGUGUCGGACGGGGACGAGCUUCGCCGCCCGCACAGCGGCGGCUCCGAGGGCGCAUGUCCUUCCGAUUUCGACUAUCUCCGCUCCAUGCGCCUUACCGACCAGGUUGUUUUUGCGAGGGUCUGUAUCGAGCCCGUCCUCUCCACGAACGUAGACAGAGACCACGUCGCCGACAUUCCCAAACAUGUCCUCGACGCGAGGCGCACCAUUGACCUUACCAACUGCGCCGACGCCGCUGUCGCCUUGUGUGAACCUAUCCCCUUGCACGUUUCGCCGCCUUACCCGCGGAGGAAAUACCCCGAGUUUGUAUUUGGCCUCGCCACUUCGCGGGAUCGUCUACGAGAUUCGGCGGCCGUUCUCUCGCGUUGGAUGGCGGGAACCUCUGCUAAACUGGUGGCCAUCUUGACGGAUGCGCGCCCUGCGACGGCUGAGCAGCUGGGUGACCUAGAACGACUGCUGCUCGACCACGACAUUGACGCUGCCGUUCUCAAUCCCACGAUCGAGGGGCUCACGACGCCGCAAAAUCACUUUGCUAUUAUUCGUGACCUGCUGCGGCACGCCGACUCUGGAACCAAGUGGUUCGGCCUCAUCGAUGACGACACGUUUUCCCUUCCUUUUACCGCCUGGCGGAACAUCUCGGCCGCUACGAUCACACCAAGGACCAGCGAUGUGAUUCUUGCCGAGUGCAUUCAACGACAUACAAAGGCUAGGCUCACGCAUGUGGACGAACUCCACCAGCAAGACAUGCGGGGCGAUGUUUCCGGCUUCUUCGAGUCUGGGCCUAACCCCAUCAGCCUCCAUCACUGGAAGAGCUGGUAUAAGCAUCCCGUCGACAAGAUGGCUCUCAUUGCCGAUUACUGCGGCGAUUGUUUUCUGCAGCGUUGGCGGUUUGGCGACAAGGCUGUCCUCACCAACGGCUACUCUCUCGUAGUGUACCCGGACGGCACCGAGAGCAUCGACUUUGAUAAGACGGAAGAUACCUGGGGCAAUGCAGAUGGUGCGUUCGAUCAUAGCCUCGGCCCUUUCCGCGACAAGGUGCCAGAUGGUAGCAAGUUUAGCCACCGGCUCGUCAACGCUGAGGUCCUGCCUGCUUCAAAAACGGUGCGGCAGGUCUACGUCCGUAAAGGAAAUCCAUGGAAAAACGAGCUCGAUCAUGUUGUCGAGAUCUUGUGGAAUUUUGGCUGA